AUGGCCAUGAAUGAGAAGCCAUUGGAAAUAUCUGGUCAACAUUUAAGUCUACAGUCAUCAGCAUCGCAACGUUGUCUACCAAAAUUACAGAAAACCAGAACAAGUCGUGGACGUUCUGCUGCCUUAUCUGCUGCUAUUAAAGGUGUAAAAAGUGAAAAGCGUAAAAAAUCAACGGUGGCAAUAUCACGCCUAAUCGAACUACCCCGUCCCGAUGUCCUAAACAGUUAUUUAUCCUAUAGUGAAAUUGUACAAUAUUUAGAUUAUUUGCGUUUACGCUAUUGUGAAUUUGUCAAACUCCACACCUUGGGUUUAUCCUAUGAAAGACGUCCCAUUCGAGCAAUAGAAAUUCAUUGGAAUAGUGAACGUAAUUUAUGGGCCCAGGCCAAAGAGAAUCGUAUCGCAUCAGCACCAAGCUCGUGUAACGUGGAAUUAAAAGAAAUGGAAUUAUGUGCUCCGGAAAAAGGACGUAAUAUGGUCUUCAUUGAGGCCGGUACACAUGCUCGUGAAUGGAUUACAGUAACGGUGGCAUUACAUUGUAUUCACCAGCUGACGGAAAAGAAUGGACGUCAUCGUGAAUUAUUGAGGAAACUGCGAUUCUUUAUUGUGCCCGUCGUUAAUCCCGAUGGUUAUGAGUAUUCCAAGAAUAAGAAUCCACGAUGGCGGAAAAAUCGUCGCCCCCAUGACGAUGAUGGCUAUGUGGGUACAGAUUGUAAUCGUAAUUUUGAUAUCCAUUGGGAUCAAUGUAAAUCAAAUGCGAAACGGAACACUUAUCCUGGCGAUAAACCCUUCUCCGAACCGGAAACCAAAUCUCUGGCCCAGAUGCUACAUAAACUGGCACCAAAACUUUUGUUCUUUCUAUCAUUGCAUUCGUAUGCUCAGUGCAUAAUGUAUCCCUGGGGCCAUAGCAAAUGCUUACCCCAAGACUACAAACUAAUGGAAAGUGUUGCCAUGGCCGCAAGGAAUGCUAUCAAAUCAUAUAAUGGUCGUUAUUAUCGUGUUGGAAGUAUUUCGCAUCUUACGAAACGAAUUAUUGCCGGUUCGGUGGUCGACUAUGCAUAUGGUGUUGUUAAAAUACCGAUUUGCUUAGUUAUGGAGCUGCCAUCAACAGAAUAUGGAUUUCAGCCACCACCAGAGAAAAUUAGUCCAAUAAGUAGUGAAAGUUGGUGUGGCAUACGGGAAAUGUGUAAACAUGCGUACAAUCUUAAAACACAAAUUCAGGAACAAGAAACUAAACAACGACUGGAAAAUCAAAAUGAAGGGUUUUUGCCAACAAACAUAAUUUCCAUAAAAGUAGAACCCCAAACGAAGUCGUUAUUAAAGCACAAAGAAAUUAACGACGAAAUGAUGGAAUCUCAUUCAACGGAAACAAUAGGGGAGGACCAGAAUGACAAGAAAAUAUUGCCUAAAUUUAAUGUAAGAAAUAAAAUUGUUAAUAGGCCAACUGAUGGCUAUUAUCCAUCGUUAUUGGACGAAUAA